GAGACAGCGGGACGUCCCAGCUGUGUCUGCGGGAGGUGGACAUUGACCGGACCAGUAUGGGGAAACUUUCUGGAUCUGAAUCCAUCUCAGACUCUGCAUCAGGUGUGCCACCGAAGAAGAACCCCUCAGCGAUGGAGGACGGAGAAAGAGAUGAAGAAGAGCCGGUACUGGAGAUCUGUGCCAGAUUCCUUGCUUCGCCAUCAGGGCAGGACCCUCCCUCCGAUACUCCUCAGCAGCAGCUGGACGCGCAGGGCAGAGGAUCUAAAAGCACCGCUUUGUUCUGGAGGCCACAUUUGAGAACGUUUUGGCUGAAUGCAUGCAAACACACACACACACACACACACACACACACACACACACACACACGAGAACACGGCCGUAAUUACAGGUCGCGCCUGCAGUCUCGCAGUGUGAGGACCAGGAGAGUGAGGGGAGAAGCAGAACAGGGAAUCACCAAGCUGAAGUGCAGGAGGAUAAACAGGAGGGGAAGCCAAAACACCAGCAAUGGCAGAAUGGUCCCAAUCAUUGAUUAAUGAUCAAUCGUGGACUAAUACAAAAUUCCACCAAUUAAUUUUUUGCCAAAACUGAACUAAAUUAAAUAUUUGGUGAUUUGAAAUAUUUGCCAACAACUGAACUUUAAAAAAAAAAAAAUGAUUGCUUUCAUUCAUUCAAGCAGCCACUUUAAAAAUCCUUUGUUCAACAAACCUGUUACACUAUACACUAAAUGUCUGAAAAACUUAGCAACCUAAAAUAUUUGGGUGAAAAUGGCAAAAUAAAGAAAAAAGUAUUUGAUGUAUUUCGGGUUGCAAAUAUUUGGUGCAUCCCUAAUGUCUUGUGUUAGUGGGCCUCUUAAGACUAAUGAAAAUUCCCAGUAUUACAAUGGGAUCAAAGUAUUCCUUCAUAUUUAGACAGUCAAACACUGGCUCUGACACUGCAGCAGUCAGACUGAAGAUGUAAACGUACAGAAUUCAUCAGCACCCUGUGUUAGUGUUGCCCUGUCUGACUGUGGGCCAGCAAUCAUUUACACACACAAAGCACAAACUCCAGCACAGCGACGUCUUCAUGAGAGCACACACUGAGGGAGCUUCUACAGGCAUGUGAAACAUUAACUGCCCACGCUAAUAUGGCGCGGGCUGAUACUCUGCACGUCCCAUUGAGCGAUCCUCAACCGCCGGAUGCUUCCACGAUGAGUCAGCAGCUCUUUCCGAACCAUGUGCUAUGAAGAAACGCCUGCAUUGCUAUGUCUAGAACACAGGGACGGCUGGGGAGGACAUUAUGCCAGCCAUUCACUGACCUUUGUUUCCACUUGGCAACAUAAAAUCCUUCCUACUUUAUACAUGUAAGGAUCCAUGUAUUGCCAUCUCAAUUUUAAGAUCAAAGCUUGUUUCAUUUUUCAAGAAUUGAAAAACUGACCAUCUUAAUUACUUAGCCAUUAAUCUUAAUAUUUCAUAAUAAAGGGCUCUUUGAAAUCUACUGAAAAUUGUG